GCGGAGCCGGAGGAGCCGCUGCUAAGUGUUUGGACUCGGUCGACACCGCGGUGCUUGCUCCUCGCCCCAGCCGCCGCCGAGUGAGCGGCUGCUUAUUGUCCUUCGCCGCCGCCAAGGCGCGGAGCUGCUCCGGCUCGGCUCGCGGGGGAGCCCGGGGAGCCGCACGUGUCCUGGGUCAUGAAACUUAGUCCACAGCAAGCUCCAUUAUAUGGCGAUUGUGUUGUUACAAUACUGCUUGCUGAAGAGGACAAAGUUGAAGAUGAUGCUAUUUUUUACUUGAUAUUUUCUGGUUCUACCCUCUAUCACUGCACAAGUACGCGGAAGGUCAGUUCUGAUACAUUGGAAACAAUUACUCCUGGUCAUGACUGCUGCGAGACAGUAAAAGUGCUGCUCUGUGCUUCCAAAGAGGGCCUGCCUGUGUUUGUAGUAGCUGAAGAAGACUUCCAUUUCGUCCAGGACGAGGCGUAUGAUGCAGCUCAGUUCCUGGCAACCAGUGCUGGAAAUCAGCAGGCUCUGAACUUCACUCGUUUCCUGGACCGAUCAGGACCCCCUUCUGGAGAUGUCAAUUCUCUCGAUGAGAGGGUUGCACUGGCAUUCAGACACCUGAAACUGCCCGCAGAGUGGAAUGUGUUAGGGACAGAUCACACCUUGCAUGAUGGUGGCCCCCGGGAAACAUUGAUGCAUUUUGCUGUGCGGCUGGGACUGUUGCGGUUGACAUGGUUCCUGUUACAGAAGCCAGGUGGCCGUGGAGCUCUCAGCAUCCACAACAAGGAAGGGGCAACGCCUGUAAGCCUGGCAUUGGAGCGAGGUUAUCACAAGCUCCACCAGCUUCUGACUGAGGAAAAUGCUGGUGAACCAGAUUCCUGGAGCAGUUUGUCCUAUGAAAUCCCUUAUGGAGACUGUUCAGUGAGGCACCAUCGAGAAUUGGACGUCUACACAUUGACAUCUGAAUCUGGAUCACAUCAUGAACCCCAUGGAGAUAGCUGUACUGGACAUAUUUUUAAACUGAUGAAUAUCCAACAGCAGCUAAUGAAAACAAACUUGAAGCAGAUGGACAAGCUUAUGCCCUUAAUGGUGACAGCACAGGAUUCUUCUCGUGUGCCCGGUGCCUCAGAGACAGAUAGCCAGUUCCUUUCCUGUGCACCAGAGCCUUCUGACCAGCAGCCGCUUUCUUCUGAAGAAACCAGCAGCACUCUAUGUUGCCGAGGGAGUCCUGAGGGGAAGGCUGCAAGUUCCUGUGAUUUGUCAAGUGUGGCUGAGGAAGAAAAUGCAGUCUGUGCUCAUAAGAAAAAUAAAGAUGUGGAGAGGAAAGGGGAAGAGGAGGAGCCAGCAUCUGCCGUGGACUCCGGGUCUGCAUCUCAUCAAGACAGCUGCCUUCAGAGCACACCCGACUGUGGAGUAAAGGGCACAGAAGGCCUUCCAUCCUGUGGAAACAGAACCGAAGUAACUGGAACAAAUUAUUCUGUAGUGGCCACAGGUCAGCAGUCCCUGAGCAACAGUGGCCAUGUGCUGCAGGAAGUCAUGGUCACAGAGCCAGGGGCAUGCCAGCAUUCUUCUGGAAGGGAGCUACUCGACAGUUCUUCAACAGUUGCUGGUGCCCCAGAGAAUGCAGGAGAACUGGAACAUAGCUUACUGAACCCAAACGGUACCAUCCAGAAGAAUAAGCAUCAAGUAGGGGAAGUCACAAAGGAAAGAUUGGAGAAUUCUGAUGUCAGCACGGCUGAGGCGUCUGGUGUUGAAGCUUUGCAUAAGCCUGUGGAGAAAGCCAAUAUUACAAACCCUGUCGUUGCCUCCAGUGCCCUGGGUGCCAACAUGCCUGCUGAGUCGUCGCCUGUCUUGAGUCCUGGAGAAAUCCCCGCUGAGAGAGCAGGAAAGGAAAGGCAGGAGAGAAGUUGUGAGGAGAGAACUGGUGCUCUAAGUGAGCAGAGCUCUCUGGUGUCUCCACCUGAUGCUCCCCUAGCAGACCUGUGCGAGACACCAUCACCAUUGGCGUUAACCUGUUCUGGGCCAAAACCAGAUGGGAUGCCAAACCAGGAAUCAGAAUCUAACUCAUGCCAUGCUCCAAGCCCAAACAGCCAGGGACUGCUUUGUUCUACAGGCGGGGCUGACACAUCUUGUGCCGAGUCUUCGUGUCAGCAAAACACAGUGACUCCUAGUGGUGAGCUGGUUGUACAGCACUGCUGUGGUAAGGUCAGCCUGCCAGAAAGCACAGGAACGCAGCCAAACACGCAGAGUCCGUGCACCACCCUCUGCCCAGAAGACUCACGAGCUGACACAGUCACUUGUGUCACUGUGAAAAAUACCCAGGAGUCUGUGGGGACUUGUCCUCUCUGUGCUUUAGAUGGAAAGAGCCAGGGAAAAGAUUUAAAACAAGACACAACCUUAAAUGUGCUUGAGGAUGUUUCACAUUUGCCUUCAGUUGUCCCCCAAACUGAAAAAGAACCAGUACCAGACCAGGUAUCGCCACCAGGCAGCAGUUUCUCUCUGGCAAGCAGUCCAGAGAGUGAAUCAGUAACCAAAGAUGACGCACUUUCUCUUGUCCCCUCCCAGAAAGAAAAGGGAACAGCAACUCCGCAGCUCCAUAGAGCUAUAGCUUGUGGAGAUGGCCCAGAUGGAGGAGAUUCGAGUGAUCCCGGGAAGCUAGGCGACAGGGCCACUGGCCUGUGUACACCCUCUGCCACAGAGCUUCAGCCCAGCAUGGGGAAUACCAGCCCUGUAGGCCUUGGUGGAGAACAGGAGGGCCCCGGGCCAACAGCGACACCUCAGGUUCUGAGCGGUGAUUCACUACAAAGUGUGGAUAAAGCUGCUUUGGUCUCUGAGUCGCUACUGCCUGAAGAAGGUGGCAGUCUGGUGGUUCCAGAAAAUUCAGCAGCUCUGGGGCAAGAUGACAAGGACGAAGCAAGGAGGUGUUCUUCCGUUAAAGAAGAUGGGAAUUGUUCAGAAAUGUCAAGGGAAAACCAGAUAACAACACCUCCUGGGCAGGAGAUACCGAGAGUUUGUGAACAACCUAUGUCAGCCAUCUGUGCCGGGGAGAAAGCACUGCAGCCCAGUAACUCACCAGGCACACCCUCUGCCGGGCUGAAAACAGAAAGUAAGCAUAACAAGGAAGUGGCCACACAGGUCUCCCCGCUGACUGAAGGUGGGGCUGUAAAGAACCUGGUGCCACCAAAAGAAAGUCUGGCUGCAGAUUCAAAGCAGAAAGCCUCGGGUGCAGAGCAGAGCGGCUCAUCUCUGUUGCCAGAUGCAUCUGAGGCCCUUCAGCCCUCUGCUCUGGAUGCUAGUGUGAGUGCUCAGAUCCAAGGGGAAACGAAUACUUGUGUGGUAAGCAGAAAUGUGAUGGAGGAUGGGCCAGUGCCUAAUACUUUAUCAGCUGUUGCUGAGCCCAGAAGAAAGGACACAUCACACUGUGGCAACAGUCCAGUUUCAGAGUUGUUCAACGAAAAGAAGAAAAUGACUCCAAGUUUGCCACAAGCUUUUCUGGACGAAGGUUUCACUGGCUCACAGGAAGGCAUAACCCCAGAGAUAGUGCCACUUGAUUGCAAGAGAGAGAAACUGGAAGGAACAGACCUCAGCCGUGAGAUGAGUAACUCCAAAGAGGCCCCAAACGAUGAAGAAACAAUGCAGCCUCUUGCCUUGGACCUCCCCGCAGAGAUAGGACUCUCAGCUCUCAAUGACAGUGUCCUCCCAGCUGGCAUGAAGCAAGUCACACAGACCUCAGAACAGGAAAGUAAUGCCACCUCUGUACUUGGAAUCCAAGCUGCAUGUGUACCUAUGGGAGCGGAUCCCAUAGAGGAGACCGCCACUCGUAUAGUAGAGGCCGUCAUCAAGCAAGUCAAGGCCUCCAGCGCACUGUUGGCUAAGGGGGAAACCAGUAGUCCAUCACUGCCCAUCCCAGAGACUAAGCAGCUACAGCAUGUUUGUACAGAGAGUGCGUGUACUUUCCCACCUGCGGAGACCCUGCGUGUGGAUAAUACUCAUGAAGAAAUCACCAGGAACUGUGUUGUUGAAACAGAGGAACCAGAGAAAAUUGUUUCACCUGUGGACAAGCCUGAGCCAGCACCAGAAAUGCCAGACACUAAAGCUGAAGAUGAAGUGGAUUUUCUGAAUAAGACCAGAGGUCCUCCUCAGCAGGAGGUUGUAGGAAAUGGAACUACCACACCCAAGAUGAAGCAAGGCCCUGGAAUCCAAGCGAUCAACCGAGAAAGCUGGUGUACCAUAGAGCCAUGCCCUGAAGCAGCAUCUCUUUUGGCUUCCAAACAGAGCUCAGAAUGCGAAAGCUUCUUAGAUGUUGGACUGGGCACAGAGUGUGCCUCAAAAGAAGGCGUGCUUCAGAGAGGAUCAGGGAGUGAUCCUGACCUCUUUCACUCACCCAGUGAUGAAAUGGACAGCAUCAUCUUCUCCAAGCCUGAGGAAGAGCAGUUGCUUUGUGACAGCACAGCCUCCAGCUCCUCUACAGAUGACGCAGCUUCCCUGGAUCGGCACUCUUCUCAUGGCAGCGAUGUGUCCCUUCCUCAGACUUCAAAGUUGAAUAGGUCCAGGAAUCAUCAGGGCUCGAAUGGCUUUUCCAGCCAUGGCGUGGGACCUGAGCGUCAAGAGAGCGAGAGUGAGCCUGCUGGCUCUGGUGAGAUGGAGGAGGAAGAAAUGGACAGCAUCACUGAGGUGCCUGCAAAUCGCUCUUUCCUGCGGAGCUCCAUGCGCUCUCUUUCCCCCUUCCGGAGACAUAGCUGGGGUCCUGGGAAGAAUGCAGCCAGCGAUGCAGAAAUGAACCAGCGGAGUUCAAUGCAAGUUCUUGGGGAUGUUGUCAGGAGACCUCCCAUUCAUAGGAGAAGUAUGAGCUGGUGUCCCUCUGGUGUGCAGUACUCGGCUGCCCUGAAUGCUGACUUUAAUUUCAGAAGUUUCAGUCUGGAAGGCUUGACAGGAGGAGCUGGUGUUGGAAAUAAACCAUCUUCAUCUCUAGAAAUGAGCUCUGCAAACUCCAGUGAGCUCAGAAACCCUUUCAGUGGCGAGGAACAGAGAGACUCUCUGAUGUCACUUUCAGAAGAACAUCUGGAGCCAGACCAGAGACAGCAUCAUAGGAUGUUUGAUCAGCAGACAUGUCACAGGUCUAAACAACAGGGAUUUAAUUACUGUACAUCAGCCAUUUCUUCUCCAUUGACAAAAUCCAUCUCAUUAAUGACAAUUAGUCAUCCUGGAUUGGACAAUUCACGGUCUUUCCACAGUACCAGUGCUAACCUGACAGAGAGUAUAACAGAAGAAAAUUAUAAUUUCCUGCCACCGAGCCCCUCAAAAAAGGAUUUUGAAGGGAAGAGUGGAACAAAAGUUAGUCGCACCUUCAGCUACAUCAAGAAUAAAAUGUCCAGCAGCAAGAAGAGCAAAGAAAAGGAAAGGGAGAAAGAUAAAAUUAAGGAGAAAGAGAAAGAAUCUAAAGAGAAGGAAAAAGAUAAGAAGACUCUUAACGGACACACUUUCAGUCCCAUUCCUGUUGUGGGUCCCAUCAGCUGCGGCCAGUGCAUGAAGCCUUUUACCAACAAAGAAGCCUACACUUGUGCAAGUUGUAGUGCUUUUGUCCACAAAGGAUGCAGAGAAAAUCUAGCAUCCUGUGCAAAGGUCAAAAUGAAGCAGCCCAAAGGCAGCCUCCAGGCACAUGACACAUCAUCACUGCCCACUGUCAUCAUGAGAAACAAGUCUUCACAGCCCAAGGAGCGCCCUAGGUCUGCAGUCCUCUUGCCUGAUGAGGCCACUGCCGUGCCAAUGUUUACUAACAGGCGGUCCCAGCAGUGUGUCUCCCUCUCUAAAAGUGUUUCCAUACAGAACAUCACUGGAGUUGGCAAUGAUGAGAACAUGUCAAACACCUGGAAAUUUCUGUCUCAUUCAACAGACUCACUGAAUAAAAUCUGCAAGGUCAAUGAGUCAACAGAAUCACUUACUGAUGAGGGAGUAGGUACAGACAUGAAUGAAGGACAGCUGAUGGGAGAUUUUGAAAGUGACUCUAAACAGCUAGAAGCAGAGUCCUGGAGCCGCAUAGUAGACAGCAAGUUCCUUAAACAGCAGAAGAAAGACGUGGUCAAACGGCAGGAGGUGAUUUACGAGUUGAUGCAGACAGAGUUACAUCACAUCCGCACGCUCAAGAUCAUGAGUGAUGUGUACAGCCGGGGCAUGAUGACAGAUCUGCUCUUUGAGCAGCAGAUGGUGGAAAAGCUGUUCCCUUGUUUGGAUGAACUGAUCAGUAUCCACAGCCAGUUCUUUCAGAGAAUCCUGGAACGGAAGAAGGAGUCUCUGGUAGAGAAAAGUGAAAGGAACUUUCUUGUCAAGAGGAUAGGGGAUGUGCUUGUCAAUCAGUUUUCAGGUGAGAAUGCAGAGCGCUUAAAGAAGACAUAUGGCAAGUUCUGUGGACAGCACAACCAGUCUGUCAACUACUUCAAAGACCUCUACACAAAGGAUAAGCGUUUCCAAGCCUUUGUGAAGAAGAAGAUGAGCAGUUCAGUAGUGAGAAGGCUUGGGAUUCCAGAGUGCAUUUUACUUGUAACUCAGAGGAUCACCAAGUACCCAGUUUUAUUCCAGAGGAUACUGCAAUGUACCAAAGACAAUGAAGUGGAGCAGGAAGACCUGGCUCAGUCCUUGAGCCUGGUGAAGGAUGUGAUUGGAGCCGUGGACAGCAAAGUGGCAAGUUAUGAGAAGAAAGUCCGUCUCGGUGAGAUUUACACGAAGACCGAUAGCAAGUCGAUCAUGAGGAUGAAGAGUGGGCAAAUGUUCGCCAAGGAGGAUCUGAAACGGAAGAAGCUGGUGCGGGAUGGGAGUGUGUUUCUGAAGAGCGCAACAGGACGGCUGAAAGAGGUUCAAGCAGUUCUCCUCACUGACAUUUUAGUUUUCCUUCAAGAAAAAGACCAGAAAUACGUGUUUGCAUCCUUGGACCAUAAGUCAACUGUGAUCUCCUUAAAGAAGCUGAUUGUAAGAGAAGUGGCACAUGAGGAGAAAGGUCUGUUCCUCAUCAGUAUGGGAGUGAAAGAUCCAGAGAUGGUGGAGGUCCACGCUAGCUCCAAAGAGGAGCGGAACAGCUGGAUCCAUAUCAUUCAGGAUACAAUCAACUCCCUGAACAGAGAUGAAGAUGAAGGGAUUCCUAGUGAGAAUGAAGAAGAAAAGAAACUGUUGGAUACCAGAGCCCGAGAGUUAAAAGAACAACUUCAACAGAAGGACCAGCAGAUCCUCCUCUUGCUGGAAGAGAAGGAGAUGAUUUUCCGGGACAUGACUGAAUGCAGCACUCCCUUGCCUGAGGAUUGCUCCCCAACGCACAGCCCGAGAGUCCUCUUCCGCUCCAACACAGAGGAGGCUCUCAAAGGAGGACCACUGAUGAAAAGUGCAAUAAGUGAAGUGGAAAUCCUCCAGGGUUUGGUGAGUGGAAGUCUCGGCGGCACACUUGGACAGUCCAUCAGCAGCCCUGUUGAGCAGGAAGUCAUGGCUGGCCCCGUUUCCUUGCCCCGGAGAGCAGAGACCUUUGGAGGAUUUGACUGUCAUCAGAUGAAUGCUUCCAAAGGAGGUGAGAAAGAAGAGGGUGAUGAUGGCCAGGAUCUUAGGAGAACAGAAUCAGACAGUGGUCUGAAAAAGGGUGGAAAUGCUAAUUUGGUAUUUAUGCUUAAAAGAAACAGUGAGCAGGUGGUCCAGAGUAUCGUUCACCUCCACGAACUCCUCAGCACGCUGCAGGGAGUUGUGCUACAACAAGAUAGCUACAUCGAGGACCAGAAGCUGGUGCUGACCGAGAAGGUACUCACAAGGAGUGCGUCCCGCCCCAGCUCUCUCAUUGAGCAGGAGAAACAGAGGAGCCUGGAGAAGCAGCGCCAGGACCUCGCCAACCUGCAGAAGCAGCAAGCACAGCACCUGGAAGAAAAGCGCCGACGUGAGCGUGAGUGGGAGGCCCGGGAGCAGGAACUGAGAGAUCGGGAGGCCAAGGUGGCAGAACGGGAGGAGGCUGUCCGCCGUGGGCAGCAGGACCUGGAAAGGGACCGCGAAGACCUCCAGCAGAAGAAGGGCACUUACCAGUGUGAUCUGGAGAGACUACGGGCUGCCCAGAAACAGCUGGAAAGAGAACAGGAGCAACUGAAGCGGGAUGCAGAGCGGCUCAGCCAGAGGCAGAUGGAUCAAGACUUCUGCCAGGUUUCGAAUAAACAUGGCAGGCUGAUGCGAGUCCCGUCCUUCUUGCCCAGUCCAGAGGCGUCCUCCUUGCCAUCUGCACCUUCCAUAGCCAAGUCAGGGUCAUUGGACUCAGAACUUUCAGUGUCUCCUAAAAGGAACAGCAUCUCUCGGACGCACAAAGAUAAGGGACCUUUUCAUAUACUGAGUUCAACGAGUCAGACAAAAGUACCAGAGGGGCAAAGCCAGGCCCCAUCCAGCACCUCCACUUCCACCCGCCUUUUUGGGUUAGCUAAGCCAAAAGAAAAGAAGGAGAAGAAAAAGAAGAGCAAAGGAAGCCGCUCUCAGCCUGGUGAUGGUCCUGCUUCGGAAGUAUCAGCAGAGGGUGAAGAGAUCUUCUGUUGACCCAUUUCAUCUGCCAGGGCAGCCACCCUCCAACCCUGAUACCGCGGCGGCUCUCCUGCUGCCCUCGUGCGCAAGUCUCCUACACUGGACGCCCACUGCCCCUCAGCGUCCAGUCCUCCUGAGCUGUCCCAAGUCCUGGACAAGAAAGAGCAACACCUGCGUGUCAGGGUGGGAAGGAUACGCAGACUCCACUUGGGCCAUGAUUCGUGACUGCCCAGGACUUGGGUGGGCCUGGCCUUACUCAGGGUAUUAUGCUGAACAUAGUGACCCUAGAUCUAGGUGAUAGUUUGAGACGUGUCAGGGUUCCUAGAGACUCAAAGGGGUUUUCCAAAUGAGGUCUGACACCCUGCCUUGUAUGUGGGGGAAUGCCACCAGAAUCAAAGAGCAGAUAGUGCAGACUUCAUCUGUGGACAGUGACCAUCUCCGUGUGCGUGUGUGGAAUACACCAGCUGUGCACACAGCCGUUCUUACACAUCAGGGUAGCUUAGGCCAAGAGCAAGCACCUGACUGACCAGGUGGCAUGCGGAUGUACAGUAUUUCACCCUGUGGACCUCUGAGAUUGGGUCCCUUGAAAUGGCCCCUGUGCACACACCACCCCUCUUUGUAUGUAUUCCUCAUUUUAGGAAGAAGAACAAAAUGUUUGGGAAACCAGUUAGAGGUCUGAUGUGUACGAAAAGCACAUAGUCUGCACCAUAUUCUAGAUCUCCAUAUUCUAGGCUGUACUAACUGUCUCGCUCAUAUUCAAAUCAGGAAGAAACAUACUGUUGUCUUCAGCGCCUGUCUGAAUGCUCUGGGCACAGGGGAAGGAGAGAGGACUCUGCAGCACUGUCCCCAGUAUGACAUUUCUAGUUGUUGCUGGACUCCUUUGGGAAAGCAUGCACCCUGGUGGUGCUCCCAGCCACCUGCCUGGGACUAGGCCUCUCCAUGCCUGCUCUAGAAUUACUGACUGAAACAUAGGUUCAAGUGCAGGAGUUAAGUCUGUCUGGUGCUUUUGCCAGUACAGACAGGGGAACUGGCCCUGAAGCACGGCUGUGUGUACUCUCUCCAGUCACAAGGCCUCCUCAUACGGUUUUCAGAUGCAGUUUGCUUGGUUGUGCUCCUAUCCUUGAAGCUGUUAAAUGCCCGCCUGUCUCUCUUCUCUGGCUCCCCCUCCAUGUGUUGAUGCAUGCUUGAGGCUCUCACCAGCUCGUGUGUGUGCAGCACAGUUCUUUGGUAAUGGACCCUCGAGGCUCAUGUACCUGCCCUCAGGGUGCCUAUGAGGGCCAUGCUGAGGUCUCUGGUUCACAUGUGGCCUUUAGUUCCUGGUUUUGCCCUCAGAAGCACAGGGCUUUGAACAUAGUUGUGCAGAAACAAACCUAUAACUUGGUGCUUGUUGAUGACCUGCAAGCUGGACUUGCAGAUACGGAUAUUUAUCUUUCAGUUUACUUGAAAGAGUUCUGGUUUAAAUUUUUUUAGCCUAAAUUUGUUUUAUUUAUUUUGUGUUUGUGUUUUGUUUUAUUUUAUUUUGAAAGUGAACCAGUACUGGCCCAACAGUUUGAACCAUCUUUUCAGUACAGAGAAUGAAGUGUCUGUCCAAGUGCAUGAAGGUCCCCAGGGAAACUGGAGGGUUGAGAUGGGAGUUGUACCCUUCCCUCCCAUGCCCAUUUUUUCAUAAGGAAUGUGUUCAUCCUUUGGAGAUUUUUAACAUUGCCCAUCGGCUCCCUUUGCCUCUUUUUGAUAAAGCCAGUUUGGCUCUUUAAAGCCUUUUUGUUGUUGUUGUUGUUGGGUGGUUUUGUUUUUUUCCCUACUAAAGCUAUGAUAUACUUCCCUCAAGAACCUCAACAGCAAGAAGUUAGUUGCUUCCUUCUCCAAGUCCAGAGCCUGCCAUGCCUUAGAUCCACCACAGGGUUUGGGUGGCAGUCCUUGUCCGUGCCUCUGAAUGCCCUGUCAGAGAGGCUGUGUACCCAUCCACAGCAGAGCCUGUCUGCAGGAGGGAAGGACCUGAUACCGCCUAGACUUGACGGAAAAUCAAACCAGCCCCUGCCCUCUUCCUGUGCAGAGGAAGACCAGUGGCCUCCCUCCAGGUCCCCUCUGACUCCCCAGGGAGCCACUGUACACCCCUGGGAAACUUCAUUCCUGCCCUCAAGUGUCCUCUGCGCCCAACCAGCAGUGUUGUGUUCUGCUUGCUUUGGUUGUUUUUAAAAACCAAUUUUACUUUACCCACACUCCCCAAAACAAUGGUCAGUGAGAGUUGGGAGAAGUUCAGAUCAAGAGAAAGUAAUCCUCUGAGUUCCCCUAAGCUGCCCACCUUCCUCCAGGAAGAGAACCAUUCGCCAAGAACUGUGUUCCCUGCCUGCACCAUCUGGCCCCCUCUGUCGCACUUUGGGAAUUGCCGCUUGUGCUCUUGCUUAGGACCCUGAAGACUGCUAUAGCUGAGUCAAAGCCUUAUGUGGGACUCUCAAAGAGAACGGUAAUUUUCUAGGGACCGGGAUUGUGUCCUGUCCUAUUGCCCAUAUUAGGAAAUGAUGCUUCUUCCUCAAGCUAAAGAAAUCACUGCUUUGGGGGACGGGUGUAAAUUGCCCCCCCCCCCCCCCCGCAUUGUGGAGUCUAGUGAACUUUCUAGAGGUUGUAUCUUCUCUCAAAAAUUAAAAUCAUCUCAGUAGUUGUCGUCCCAUCUGGGUGACGUGUGCACUUUAAACGGCCUCUCAGCUGGCUUCAUUUGUGAGACAAUCAGACCUACUUACUGUUUUCUGGAAGUGGGAAGGCUAAAACAAAAGCGGCGCCAGCAAGCCCCACCCCCCACGAGAGUCUCCUGCAGGGAAAGGUACGAACUGGAUCUUCUGGGGGUCACACCACUAACGCUGCCCUUGGCUAGGCCCUGUCUGCCCCACACUGGUUCUCUUCGCAGCCUCGUGUUGGUGUGCACAGGCUUAAUAUACAAGGCAGAGAACCUUGGCCCCUAGGCCAGAGCUUGCCCAGAGUCGUCCUACAGGCCUUUAAUUGGUAUCCUCUGUCCCUGAGGCUCUCUUGCCAAGGCUUCCAGUAUUUCAUAGGACUUAAGUUGACUCCGACCUGUGCCCAGAGGACAGUCCUGGGGAGUGGGCUUCCAUGCCUGGACACCUGAGCAUGGGUGCCCUUGGGUGAAGCAGUGACCCUGGCCAUCCCUGCAGAGACCAAGGACACAGUGUGUUUGGCUCCUUGCUUUCUUUCACGUAGCAUAACAUUCCUAGUUAACCAGAGUUUUGGAGUCUGCUGCCUGCUGGCCAGGUUUAGAUAUGCAAAGUAUUCUAAUGCUGCCAUGAAACGGGGGAGGGGUGGCAGCAGAGGCCUUUUCCUGCACUCAGUGGGAUUUGUCAAGAGAUUGACAGGUCCUGAGUUACUUCUCCAUCUCACGAAGGUGUAAGGUGGGUGGCCCCACUGCUUCAAGUGUGCCCUGCCUCGAAACCAUGCAGGUGCCGCUGCCACAGACCCCAGAGGGCCUCUGCAGGAAGCACCAAACCCAUGCCUUAGACCCUCUAGCAUCAGCUGCCCCGCCUUGGUUGCCACCUGCUGGGAUGGCCGACCCAGCCGGUUAGUCUCAGGUCUCCUCCUGAGGCCUGGGCACUACAGAAGGUGGGCCAGAUACACCCAUACCUCUGUUCUUGUUAAGUCGUCUCCAGAUGCUGUAUGGACAUUUCUGUUCUAAGCCCUAUUAAAUAAAAGUUGGGUUAAACCCAAGCGCUGUAUAGUAAUUUGUAAUUAUGUAUAAAGUGAAACAGUUUUGAACUGUAAAGAUUUUCAAUGUGUUUUCUGGAAAUUUGCCACAACAUACUGGCUUUGUAUUUUAUUUAUCACCCUUUGUAGUUACUGGCUUCAGACUCUUGUAAAGUCCCCCUCAGACCUUUCAAAAACAAUAAAUUUCCUUUGAAAUCUUGA